AGAGUAGCUGCGCUGUGACUAACCAGCAGCUGACCGACCAGUGCAGUUCUGAGAGUGCAGCAAGAGCGGAGAGUGCAGAGCCCGCCGGCGUCAGCCCCGCUGCAGAGGGAAGUGGCUAGCCAGUCGCACCUAGGUCACCUGGUAGAGCAGAGCCCGCGAACCAGACAGAACCUGUUGCUCAGGCUCCGCUUGGCUUCUGCUUUCAACAGGGUUGGGAAUCUGUCCUUGCCCAGGAACAGGUCCACCAUGAGCGAGAAAUGGGACUCAAACUCUUCAGAAAGCUGGAAUCACAUCUGGAGUGGCAAUGAUACACAGCAUCACUGGUAUUCAGAUAUCAACAUUACCUAUGUGAACUACUAUCUCCACCAGCCCCAAGUGGCAGCUGUCUUCAUCAGCUCCUACCUCCUGAUCUUUGUCUUGUGCAUGGUGGGAAAUACUGUCGUUUGCUUUAUUGUGAUAAGGAAUAGACACAUGCACACAGUCACUAAUUUCUUCAUCUUAAACCUUGCCAUAAGUGAUUUACUGGUUGGAAUAUUCUGUAUGCCUAUCACAUUGCUGGACAACAUCAUAGCAGGAUGGCCAUUCGGAAGCAGCAUGUGCAAGAUCAGUGGGCUGGUGCAAGGGAUAUCAGUUGCGGCUUCCGUCUUCACCUUGGUUGCAAUAGCUGUGGACAGAUUCCGCUGUGUGGUCUACCCCUUUAAGCCAAAGCUCACUGUCAAGACAGCCUUUGUCACGAUUGUGAUCAUCUGGGGCCUGGCCAUCGCCAUUAUGACUCCAUCUGCAAUAAUGUUACAUGUACAAGAAGAAAAAUACUACCGUGUGAGACUCAGCUCCCACAAUAAAACCAGCACAGUCUACUGGUGUCGGGAGGACUGGCCAAGACACGAAAUGAGGAGGAUCUAUACCACGGUGCUAUUUGCCACCAUCUAUCUUGCUCCUCUCUCACUCAUUGUUAUCAUGUAUGCAAGGAUUGGGGCUUCCCUCUUCAAGACGGCAGCACACUGCACAGGCAAGCAGCGUCCAGUGCAGUGGCAUGUAUCCAAGAAGAAACAGAAGGUCAUCAAGAUGCUGCUGACUGUGGCCCUCCUUUUCAUCCUUUCCUGGCUUCCCCUGUGGACCCUGAUGAUGCUCUCAGACUAUACUGACCUGUCUCCUAACAAACUGCGUAUCAUCAACAUCUACAUCUACCCUUUCGCCCACUGGCUCGCCUUCUGCAACAGCAGUGUCAACCCUAUUAUUUAUGGAUUCUUUAAUGAAAAUUUUCGCAAUGGUUUCCAAGAUGCUUUCCAGAUCUGCCAAAAGAAAGCCAAGCCCCAGGAAGCCUAUUCCCUGAGAGCGAAACGCAACAUAGUCAUAAACACAUCGGGCCUGCUGGUGCAGGAACCGGUGUCUCAAAACCCAGGUGGGGAAAAUUUGGGAUGUGGAAAAAGUGCAGACAAUCCCACACAGGAAUCCUUGAUAGAGGAAAUGGGAGAAGCUACUAACAGUACUGUGGCUUAAAAAGAUCGUGUGGACCCCAGUGCUACCUGAUGCCAUAUAGUACUAGAUAGUGCUGCUUGUUGUGGCUUUUCACUUCUUAUAGUCUGAUGAGAACAUUUACUGAAAACCCUCUUUGUCAAAAAUAAAAGUAUGAAAGUGGCCUUUCUAA